AUGAGAAAGGAGAAGACUCACAUCAACGUCAAGGUCAUUGGACAUGUAGAUUCUGGCAAGCCCACCACUACUGGCCAUCUGAUCUGCAAAUGUGGUGGGAUUGACAGAAGAACCCUUGAAAAAUUUUAGAAGGAGGCUGCUGAGAUGGGGAGGGACUCUUUUAAUUGUGCCUGGGUCUUGGAUAAACUGGAAGCUGAACGUGAGUGUGGUAUCACCAUUGAUAUCUCCCUGUGGAAAUUUGAAAGCAGCAAGUAUUAUGUGACCAUCACUGAUGCCCCAGGACACAGAGACUUUAUCAAAAACAUGAUGACAGGCACAUCUCAGGCUGACUGUGCUGCCCUGAUUGUUGCUGCUGGUGUGAGGUGCCCUCAGGCUGACACACUGGGUGUGAAACAGCUGGUCGUUGGUGUUAACAAAAGGAAUUCCACUGGGCUGCUCUAUAGCAAGAAGAGAUACAAGGAAAUUGUUAAGGAAGUCAGCACCUACAUUAAGAAAAUUGGCUACAACCCUGACACAGUAGCAUUUGUGUCAGUUUCUGGUUGGAAUGGUGACAAUAUGUUGGAGCCAAGUGCUAAUAUGCCUUGGUUCAAGGGAUGGAAAGUCAUCUGUAAAGAUGGCAGUGCCAGUGGAUCCAUGCUGCUUGAAGCUCUGGAUUGCAUUCUGCCACCAACUUGUCCAACCAACAAGCCCCUGCUUCUGCCCCUCCAGAAUGUCUACGAAACUGGUGGCAUUGAUACUGUCCCUGUGGGCCGAGUGGAGACUGGUGUUCUCAAACCCUGCAUGGUGGUCACCUUUGCUGCAGUCACCAUUACAACUGAAGUAAAGUCUGUUGAAAUGCACCAUAAAGCUUUGAGUGAAGCUCUUCCUGGGGACAGUGUAGGCUUUAAUGUCAAGAACGUGUCUGUCAAAGAUGUUUGUUGUGGCAAUGUGGCUGGUGACAGCAAAAAUGACCCACCAAUGGAAGCAGCUGGCUUCACAGCUGAGGCGAUUAUCCUGAACCAUCCAGGCCAAAUCAGUGCUGGAUGUGCACCUGUGCUGGAUUGUCACACAGCUCAUAUUGCUUGCAGAUUUGCUGAGCUAAGGGAGAAGAUUGAUCGUUGUUCUGGGAAAAGGCUGGAAGAUGGCCCAAAGGUUUUGAAAUCUGGUGAUGCUGCCAUCUUUGAUAUGGUUCCUGGCAAGCCCAUGUGUGUUGAGAGCUUCUCUGACUAUCCUCUUCUAGUCCACUUCACUGCUCGUGACGUGAGACAGACAGGUGCUGUUGCUGUCGUCAAAGCAGGGGACAGGAAGGCAGCUGGAGCUGGCAAAGUCACCAGGUCUGCCCAGAAAGCUCAGAAGGUGAAAUGA